AUGAAGAUUAGUCUUGUUCUCAACGGCCUCUUUGCCGCCGCCGUUGCCGCCCCAGCUGGCCCAUCAAAUAUCGUCCACGAGAAGCGCCAUGUCAGUCCGCGAUGGAUCAAGCGCGAGGCUGCUGAUGCCCAGGCCAGGAUUCCUGUCCGCAUUGCCUUGAAGCAAAGGAACUUGAGUCGCGGCAUGGACUAUCUCGUUGAGGUUUCCGACCCCUCGUCUACCAAGUAUGGCAAGCAUCUCACCAAAGACGAAGUGGUCGGGCUGUUUGCCCCUGAUGAGAGCUCCAUCAACGCCGUCAAGAGCUGGUUGGUCAGGUCUGGCGUCUCCGCCAGCAAGAUCACCAUCCCUCGGAGCAAGGGAUGGAUUGACUUCCGGGCUACGGUUGGCGAGCUGGAAUCCAUGCUCAAGACGAAAUACCACAUGUAUGACCACGUGCAGAGCCGAAAUGCCCACAUUGGUACCGACGAGUACACUUUGCCGCACGAAGUUUCGUCCCUCGUCGACUUCAUUACCCCUGGUGUUGUCAUGUCCAAGACUUCCCGGCCUUCGCAAAACGCCAAGCGGGAUGGCCGCCUCGUCCGCCCACACGUGGCGCUUCCCGAGCAAGUUGCUCAGCUGCUCGCCGCUAACCCUGCCUCUACCUCCCACUGCUCCCAAUACAUCACCCCUGCAUGCAUCAAGGCACAGUACAACAUCACGGACGGCACUUUGUCCGACCCGUCGAAUCGUUUGGGAGUCUUUGAAACUGCCGACGACGAAUUCUCCCAGGACGACCUGGACGCGUUCUAUGCAAAGUACGCCUCCAAUAUUCCCAAGGGAACCGGUCCCAAGAUCGACCUCAUUGACGGGGCCACCGCCCCCGCGGACCCAGGCGAUGCUGGCGGCGAGUCGGACCUCGACUUUGAGAUUGCCAUUCCCAUCAUUUACCCGCAGGGGACCGAGCUGUACCAGGCCGCCACUCAGAACAACGACAUUUUCAACACUUUCCUCGAUGCUGUUGACGGCAGCUACUGCAGCUCAAACGGCGGUGACGAUCCCACGGUCGACGGCGCCACACCGGAUGAGCAGUGCGGCACGUUUACCCCGGCCAACGUGAUUUCCUUCUCGUACGGCACCGCUGAGGCGGACUACCCGACGAAUUAUCUCCAGCGGCAAUGCAACGAGUUUCUGAAGCUUGGGCUCCAGGGCUCAUCCAUCGUCUUUGCUUCUGGAGAUGAUGGUGUCGCCCGACGGUCUGGCGCGUGCUUGGGCAGCAACAGGGACAUCUUCGCCCCCGGCGAACAGGCUUCUUGUCCCUAUGUGACGACGGUUGGAUCUACCGUUUUGCUGCCGAGCGGGCAGGAGGCUGCCACCGAGACCUUUUCAUCCGGAGGUGGCUUCAGCAACAUCUGGACGAUUCCCGACUACCAAAACAACGCCGUCUCGGGGUAUCUGGCCAAGCACGACCCCGGAUACAAGUCCUACACCACGCAGAACGGAACGAUCCCCACCACCGGCGGAAUCUACAACCGCGCCGGCCGCGGCUACCCCGACGUAGCUGCCCUCGGCGACAAGGCCGUCAUCGUUGUCAACGGCAAGUUUUCCACCUCGGGCGGCACCUCCAUGUCGGCUCCUCUGGUUGCCGCCAUUUUCACCCGCAUCAACGACGAGCGCAUCAAGGCUGGAAAGAAGCCCAUUGGGUUCGCCAACCCUGCCUUGUACAAGAACCCCUCCAUGUUCAACGACGUCACCCAGGGAAACCAGGCCAAGGGCGGCCCCGACGGCGACUCCAAGCCCAGCGCUUGUGGGAACAAGGGCUUCUCCGCCGUCCGGGGCUGGGACCCCGUCACCGGGCUGGGCACUCCCAACUACCCUGCCAUGCUCGAGUACUUUCUCAAGAUAUGA